AUGGCAGAUUCGGGGCUUGGUUCCCAGCAUAUCGCAAAGCUGAUUACGGCUGCCCACUACGAUCGCGAGGGUCUCGUCCAAUUCCUGGACGACAACCCCCCACCUCACGAACCCGUGGUAGAUUAUAUCACCGACACGGAGGUCAGACGGGCGCUCUUUGAUCGAUAUCGCACACUGCGGCAGGGCGAUCCGCCUGCGGUGAUACUGGCGGUGUUCAUGGUCGCCCCCGUAGGCGAUCUUCGUGAUUGUCUGGAGAGGAUCAACCAGUACCCCCCGAACGCAAAAUUCGUGUGUCGGGACCUCGAUAGAGAGGUCCCAGGUGCACUCGGAGUUUCCAACCUGAAUGAGCCAGGCAUGCCUGUCGCCCAAACAACGGUCACGGGAAGCGGUUUUGCCGAGCGCGUGAAGACACGGGAUGGGCACGUUUGCUUAUUUUCCGGCACCUCUGAUCCCGAGGCUGCGCAUAUAUUCCCAUUCUCGGCAUCCAAGAACAAAAACUUAGGCAGCCUGAACGACAUGGUCUCGGUAUUCUGGAGUCAUGAAAAAGAGAUGGCAUGGCGCAGAAUGUACGAGCAAGCAAGCAUCGCCAACUCAGCGAAAAACGGAAUUUCACUGAAUCGACAAUUGCACUUCUGGUUUAACAGAGCAGUAUUCGCUCUCGAGCCGCUCCGCAAAACACAAGAAGGCAUCACGGUCAAAUGGCACUGGUUGAAGAAGAGUCCCUUGUUGCCUCGUUUCAAGAUUCAUUCCCAUGAGGACAUCUUGCUACAGGCUGGGUUAGUGGAUCUGAACUGGGGCCAGGAAUUAGCACACCGGGAGAGUGGUGUGAAGAUCCGGAACGGCCAAACAUUCCUAUUCCGACAACACGCCGAAAUGCCAAGCUGGGAACUUCUCGAAUUGCAGUGGAAUCUGCUGCGCAUCAGCGCCAUCUGUGGAGCGGCUGAGGUGAAGGACGACUACGAGCGCUACUACGACCCCAACGAGGACCCAGAUGAGCUUGGGUACCAUGAAGGCGUGGCCGCCAAACAAAACGCCAUAAUAGAGGAGUACCAGCGCCACAACAAGGGGAAGUUGGUUGGUACGGACGAAGACAACGCGGGUGACUGGGGCGAGGUCGAGAAGUCAACCUCUCCUCCCGUGUCCGGCGGCAGUGGUUCUACCUAG